AUGGCUGGUCCGUGGAGGAGCCCCGCGUCGUUGAUGGUCAUAGGAAUCGUCGUGUUCGGAUGCUUAUUUGCAAUUUCUAUUGCGAAAGAGGAAGCCACAAAAUUGGGAACAGUUAUUGGGAUAGACCUUGGUACGACGUAUUCAUGUGUUGGUGUUUACAAGAAUGGGCAUGUUGAGAUCAUAGCUAAUGACCAAGGUAACCGGAUUACCCCAUCAUGGGUGGCCUUCACUGAUAGUGAGAGAUUAAUCGGCGAGGCAGCAAAGAAUCAGGCAGCGGUUAAUGCCGAGAGAACCAUCUUCGAUGUCAAGAGACUUAUUGGGAGAAAAUUUGACGACAAAGAGGUUCAAAAGGACAUGAAGCUUGUUCCCUACAAGAUUGUGAAUAAGGAUGGGAAGCCUUACAUACAAGUACAGAUUAAAGAUGGGGAGACCAAGAUCUUCAGUCCAGAGGAGAUUAGCGCCAUGAUUCUCACAAAGAUGAAGGAGACAGCUGAAGCAUAUCUUGGAAAGAAAAUCAAAGAUGCAGUCGUAACUGUUCCUGCUUACUUUAAUGAUGCCCAGAGGCAGGCUACCAAGGAUGCUGGUGUAAUUGCUGGACUGAAUGUUGCAAGAAUUAUUAAUGAACCAACUGCAGCAGCCAUUGCCUAUGGGUUGGACAAGAAAGGCGGCGAGAAAAACAUCCUUGUCUUUGAUCUUGGUGGUGGUACAUUUGAUGUCAGUAUCUUGACCAUCGACAAUGGUGUGUUUGAGGUUCUUGCCACAAAUGGAGACACUCAUCUGGGAGGUGAGGACUUUGAUCAGAGAAUCAUGGAAUACUUUAUUAAAUUGAUCAAGAAGAAACAUGGAAAGGACAUUAGUAAGGACAACAGAGCUCUUGGGAAGCUGAGGAGAGAAAGUGAACGAGCCAAAAGAGCUUUGAGUAGUCAGCAUCAAGUGCGUGUAGAGAUUGAAUCUCUUUUUGAUGGUGUGGAUUUCUCUGAACCACUCACUCGGGCUCGUUUUGAAGAGUUGAACAAUGAUCUAUUUAGAAAGACCAUGGGGCCUGUUAAGAAGGCCAUGGAGGACGCUGGAUUGGAGAAGCGUCAGAUUGAUGAAAUUGUUCUUGUUGGUGGAAGCACAAGGAUUCCCAAGGUUCAACAGCUCCUAAAGGACUUUUUUGAUGGGAAGGAGCCGAACAAGGGUGUGAACCCCGAUGAGGCAGUUGCUUUUGGUGCUGCUGUACAAGGAGGCAUAUUGAGUGGAGAAGGUGGUGAUGAAACCAAAGAUAUCCUCCUUUUGGAUGUGGCCCCGCUUACUCUUGGUAUUGAAACCGUUGGUGGUGUGAUGACCAAGCUGAUCCCUAGAAACACCGUCAUUCCGACCAAAAAAUCUCAAGUUUUCACCACUUACCAAGACCAACAGACAAUUGUUUCUAUUCAGGUCUUUGAAGGAGAACGGAGCCUGACAAAGGACUGCAGGCUGCUUGGGAAGUUUGAUUUAACUGGGAUAGCUCCAGCUCCAAGAGGAACCCCUCAGAUUGAAGUAACAUUUGAGGUUGAUGCCAAUGGUAUCCUAAAUGUCAAGGCCGAAGACAAGGCCUCGGGCAAAUCUGAGAAGAUUACAAUCACCAACGACAAGGGUCGACUGAGUCAGGAGGAGAUUGAACGCAUGGUUCGGGAAGCUGAGGAGUUCGCUGAGGAAGACAAGAAGGUGAAAGAGAAAAUUGACGCCAGAAAUAGCUUGGAGACUUAUGUGUACAACAUGAAGACCCAGGUGAAUGACAAGGAUAAGCUUGCUGACAAAUUAGAGUCUGACGAGAAGGAGAAGAUUGAGACAGCAGUUAAGGAGUCCCUUGAAUGGUUGGAUGACAAUCAGAAUGCUGAGAAGGAGGAUUAUGAGGAAAAGCUGAAGGAAGUGGAGUCUGUGUGCAACCCAAUUAUCACCGCUGUUUAUCAGAGGUCUGGCGGAGCCCCUGGCGGUGGAUCAGGAGAGGAAGACGAUGAUUCAAACGACGAGCUGUAGAAGGAUAACAAGUCACUCUCAAUUUG